CUGGUGAGUGGGUUUGUUUGGGUCUAAAGAGUCCACUGUGCUGAUGCGCUCGGAGAAGCAGUGCAGUCGUUGAUUUUCCAAACGAAAACGAGACACUGUACGAUGCAUGUUGUACAUUUUGUUGUUUUGUACCGGGAGAACUGUCGACAGAUUGUAGUGCAUGUCAUGUUCCUGUAGUUAGUCUGGCAUAUGCGCAAAGGCUAACUAACCCAAGAGCAGCUGACUGACAGUUAUGUAGCUAGUGGUAACUACGUAACAAGUCAUUCCGCUUUACUGUGCAUUAUCAACAAAGUGUGAAGAGCACAUGUGAGGAGUGUGUGUGAGAGAGAGGGACAGAGAGAGACUGGCUAGGUGCAGCAUGGUGACUGCCAGUUGAGUGGUUAUCUGAAGCUGAAAUCCUGAUCAUGGAGGUCCAUUUUGGCAGUGUGGUGUUUAGCUCACGAUUUGACUCUGGAAACCUGGGCAGAGUGGUUAAAGUGGAGCAGUCAGAAGCUAUUGGUGACAGCAACAGCUCCACUGGAAACUCUCUACCUCACGCUGACUGUGAGUUCAAUGUUUGGACUAAACCGGACUGUGCAGAUACAGAGUUUGAGAAUGGAAACCGGUCAUGGUUUUACUUCAGUGUGCGUGGAGUGUUGCCUGGUAAACUCCUGAAGAUAAACCUGAUGAACAUGAACAAGCAGAGUAAGCUCUACUCUCAGGGCAUGGCUCCAUUUGUACGCACCUUGCCGGUCAAAACACGCUGGGAAAGAGUGCGAGAGCGGCCCACAUUCGAGAUGUCUGAGAGUCAGUUCAUUCUGUCAUUUGUGCAUCGUGUACUGGAUGUAAAAGGAGCCACCACAUAUUUUGCAUUCUGCUAUCCAUUCUCAUACACUGAUUGCCAGGACAUGCUUCUGCAACUGGAUCAGAGACUGCUCAGCAGCUCUCAUGCACUGGGACCAUGCAGUCCUGCUGAAAGUCUGUAUUACCACCGUGAGCUGCUAUGUUACUCGCUGGAUGGACACAGAGUGGACCUGCUGACUGUGACAUCCUGCCAUGGAAUGCUGGAGGAAAGGGAGCCCCGACUGGACAAACUCUUCCCUGAUCACAGCACACCACGUCCACACCGCUUUGCUGGCAAACGGGUUUUUUUUCUCAGCAGCAGGGUGCACCCUGGUGAGACACCUUCCAGCUUUGUGUUCAACGGUUUCCUGAACUUCAUUCUGAAUCAGGACGACCCUCGUGCGCAGACACUGCGCAGGAUAUUUGUUUUUAAGCUGAUUCCCAUGCUCAACCCUGAUGGGGUUUUCAGGGGUCACUAUAGGACGGACUCUCGGGGUGUGAAUCUGAACCGACAGUAUAUGAGCCCAAGUGCUGAGCUGCAUCCCUCUAUCUAUGGAGCCAAAUCUCUCCUCCUGUACCAUCACCAACACAACUGCCUCAACCCCAGCAUGCCCUCAGCUCUCAAAACCUCCAACCAGUCUAACACCCCCUUGCCACUGACUACACCUUGCAAAUUGGAGUACUACCUCAACUGCCGCAACGAGGCAGAGCGACUGGAGGGUCCCACGCUCGAUCUGUUGGAGAUACCCAUGCAACUGGAGGAAAGCUGGGAGAAGGGUGGAGUCGAGGAGGAGGUGGGGCCAUGUGACGAAAAUGAAUCUGUACCAAGCCGAAGUGAUGCCCCUUGUGUUUCUAAUUCUGCCCCCACAGAGCAGAUUGCACCCCAGGAGAGCGGAGUGGCAUAUUACGUCGAUCUGCAUGGCCAUGCUUCCAAAAGAGGAUGCUUUAUGUAUGGGAACAGCCUAGCUGAUGAGAAUCAGCAGGUGGAAAACAUGAUGUAUCCAAAGCUGAUCUCUUUAAACUGUGCCCAUUUUGACUUCCUCGGCUGUAAUUUCUCAGAGAAGAACAUGUAUGCACGGGACAAGCGUGAUGGUCAGUCUAAAGAGGGCAGUGGGCGCGUAGCCAUUCACAAAGCCAUCGGCCUUGUUCACAGUUAUACAUUGGAGUGUAAUUAUAACACCGGUCGCUCAGUCAACACCAUCCCACCUGCAUGCCACGACAAUGGUCGAGCUACUCCGCCUCCUCCUCCUGCCUUCCCUCCGAAAUACACGCCUGAGAUAUACGAACAGGUGGGCCGUGCAGUUGCUAUAGCAGCUCUGGACAUGGCUGAGUGUAACCCUUGGCCACGCCUAGUCCUCUCUGAGCACAGCAACCUAGUAAACCUGCGUGCCUGCAUGCUCAAACACGUGCGCAAUAGCAAGGGCUUCAGCAACAAUGUCCGCAGGAACACCAACAAGUCCUCCAGCCCCCCCAAGUCCUUAGGCCUAAGCAGCUCUGUUUCGGAGAACGCUCUGAGUCGGAGCCGCAGCAACAGCACUGGUAAUGGCACUGUUGUCGGGAGCCAGCAGACAUCUCCACAGCUGAAAAGUUCCCCCAGCUUCACGUUUGGCUGGAGUAACUCCGCUCCCAGCGCACACAGGCCUACCCACAAAGCUCUGGGACCAGUCAGAGAGUGUAAAGCUCAGGACAAGAGACGGCCCCAUCACCUCAACCACCGCCUCUCGCUUCGGUCUUCCGGCAACAGUCAGGCUACCCUGUCCCGCGCCCCCCUCUCCCCCUCCUCCUCUUCUUCCUCCUCUUCAUCCUCAUCUCCCUCAUCCAGCUCGUUGGGGUGUGUCACUGCUGGCGCAGCAGCGGGCCCCUGCUCCAUCAGCACAGCAGGUCUGUAUUCCUUGCAGCCACCCAGCCUGGCCCAGCUGCUCCCUUCCCUGCAGGCCAUGCCCCACAGCGGCCUACUCACCAGACUCAGCCCACUGCGCCCACCCACGUGCCAACCACUGCACGCCUAUCUCAGAGACACUGCUACACAGAAAGGCCCACCACAGGCCACACAGCCACAGCAAGAGUGACUGAGUGUUCACUUAGUUUGUGAUUCUUCAAGUGUGUGAGUGAGACAGAAAGAGAAUGAGGGAGUUCUAAUGCGGUGCUUACUUUUAAAUGCUUUAAUAAUACAUUAUUAUUAUUAUUAUUAUUAUUAUUAUUAUUAUUAUUUUAGUUUGAAAUUUUUUGACUGAGGCAAAGACAUACUCAGAAGCUUGCUGGCAAUACACAUCAAAUAUACACCCUUUUAUUUUCAGAUAGGUACUUGUGUCAUGCAAGUAGCAGGCCAUGGUUUAGCUGAAUUGCACUUUGAUUAUAUUUAUAUGAAAUGGAGUAUGCACUCAAUGCCAGUGACUGAAUGAACAAAACAGAUCUGUAGCAGCUGUAUGUGUGUGUGUUUGUGUGUGUGUAUGUAUACACUCUCUUUUCAGGAACUGUUGUAUCCAAAGCAGUAGUUUUUUUUUUUUCUAUAGUAUGCCUAUUUGCACUUUUGUCCUUUCUUUUGCUGUACGUUUUCCUCACUCUUAUUUGCCACCACUACAUUUUUAGCCCUCGUCACAUAGGAUUAAAUGAGUAGGAUCUUCUGUAAUUACUUGUAUUGAUACUCAUACUACAUGGCACUAGUCUAAUAUCACAGUAAAUUGAGUUUGAAAAAAACUCUAAAGCUACAGUGCCAUGAUGCUAUAUCUUUAUUAAUAGAUUUUUGUGACAUCCAACUGAAAAGCUACCUGUUUCUGGGAACAGUAGAGGACAAAUUCACACAGGAUUAAAAUGUGAGUAAUUUUCUGACAGUCCUUUUUGUUUAUUACUGUGUUUUGUUUAUUAGGAUAUGGGUAAAAGGUAUUCACAUUUGUGCAUUCACACAUGGAUAAGACCUCAUAAUAUAGGAAUUUGCUCUGUUGGUAAUGGCUUCAGAGAGUCCAGGUAAUUGACCUAUAUGUGUUUUGACAUACAAAUGCUUUCUUUCAUCUACUAGACAAGCUUUAAAAAGCAAAAAUCUCAUCUCAGAGAUCGGAUGGAGAUAGGAUUCAGAUUUUUUUCUUUUGUUGUGUAAUCGAGCUACCAUUACCACUUUGGCAAAUUCAUUGUUGUCUUUCCAAUCUGCAUAUUACAACACAGCCUAUCUCAGAAGCAUGGCAUUUUAAACUAGAAACUAAGCGUUUUAUAGUGACUCUGUAGGCAUUAUGUAGUGAUUGCCUGUACCCUAGUCAAAUAAUUGUGUCUGUCAUGAAAUCACGGAAGUAGAUGAUACUUUCUGGAGGUUGUCACAUAAUUUGUCCACAUGACUUCUCAAAUAAAUCUAGUGAUUACAACCAACAAGAAUAAUAGUAGCAGUGGAGGAUUUUCAAGUUCUUGUAAUUCAUUCACUCACCUGUUGCAGACAGAAAACUCCAGGUGCGCUUUUAGCACUUACGUAGUGUUUGUUUUUCAUAAGAGUAGUGCUUAACAUUAAUGACACAGCGUGUUCUUGUUUAGAAAUGCUGGUUGGCUGAUUUAAGGGACAAUUCUUUGAUGGUGUUUGACCAAUCAGUGAUUAACACAAUUUUAGCUCCACUCAUAAAUUCAGAUUCAGCAUACUUGGUACCCUGGCCAGAAGGGUAACCAAAUUCAGCACAGGAACUCGUGUUCACUUAACAAAGAAGGUCACAAUAAAAUAUGUCACAAAUCUCUAAUCUCAUGUUACAUGGUGUUGUAAUAUAAUGUGAAACAAAGUGCACUACAGUUUCUCAUAAGGCUGAAUGAGAAGUCAACAUUAUGUAAAGUUUUUCCAACCUUUUCCAACAGCAUUUGAUAAUCCUGUGUGAAUAUGCCUACAUUUUUUUUUUAUUUUGUUUAAUCACUGAGGCCUCUCCCAUCACUGUUUCAGGCAUCUUUCCUGUCCGAUAUUGCUGUGCUUCUGAGCUUAGUUGUGUGUGCACUUAGUUGUGUGUGCACUUGUGUAAGUCCAGUCAGUUUCUUUUCAUCAAAACAGCAGAAUGGAACUAUACUGAAUAACCAUAAUAAUAAUCCAUUUUAAUUAAAGGGGAAUUCCACAACAUUUCUGCAUAGUUUAGUGGUUGCGAUGUAAACAAAUUAUUUAGAGUGCUUUGUGUAAUGUAUAUGUUGAUGGUAAAAUAGUGGUGAGUCUGAGAAAAUAAUUUUUUGGGGUACUGCAUGUACCCCUCCACCAUUAAUUGAUUAAAAACGUUUAAGGUCAACAAUUUAUCUUAACUAACAGAAAACAAUGGCUCAUACAUUAGGUGGUGUAUUCAAAAUUAUUUAAUGUAUUCAACUUUCUGUGAGGGAGUUUUUAGAGGCAGACAUCUGGUUCCCAUCACCAUGAUUGUAAAUAAUUCUGACUCAGUAAGUUUCUAUAGAAUGGAUCGCUUCACAAUAAAACACACUGAAUGACUUAGUUUUAUUCUUUGUCAAGCUUUAACAAACCGUGAUAUUGGAAACUAAAGUAGCUAACUGAAAUCUGUUCUUCUGAAAUUACAGUGUAACUCUAAGAAAUAUGCUCAAAAGGUGGUUGCUUUGAUGAAGCAAUGAAGCAGACCAUGAUGUACUAUGAGGCUGUAUUUAAUGGCUAGAAAGCUGUUUGGUUUCAUGAACUGCAGUGUGAGCUUAUGUUACUUUUACAGAAAUUUGUUUACCUUAAAUCAAUGCUACUUUAAGCAGCUUUCUGGCCCACAAACCCACUGAUCACAGGCCUGGUGAAUUCAGCCUGCUUUGCCUGUGUUUCAGGGACUCCUGCCAACUAGUGUCUCAGUAUUUACACUCUGAUGGUAAUGAGGUUCAUCUAUGGAUGUAAUUAUUGUGGUUUCAUUUGGUUUUGACAGUACACACUAAGCACGAGGACACUGGAGACUGCUUGAUACAGUUUUGGUGGAAUAGUCAGCUCAAUAAAGAGAUCAUGUGGUCGUUUCCAUCGAUAGGCUGUGUUUGUGCUGUCGUUUUUUUAUUAUUUGUAAGUAAUGCUUGACUAGACUUAAUCAUCUUAGAGUGUUGAUGUACAUUGUGGUGUCACCACAUCAUUGUAACUGUGUCUUAUCUUUGUUUUUCUACUUUUUCUUCCUCUCCUCCAAGUUAAACUGUAAUUCCAUUGUAGACUGUAGGUUACCUGUGACAGGAAAUCUAAAAAUGAGUUGUGCCUAAAUGUAGUUGCUGAUGUUUGUGUCUCAAAUUUCAAAAGUAUUCCAUGCCUAAUCACUUGUAGCCACUGUCUCUCUACAAUAUCACUAAAUGUGCUUCAGCUUUAGGGUAGACAGUGGACAACACAUGUAUACCAUUAUUACAUAAUUUAUUAUACUAUGUAUUAUAUGUCCUGGGGGGCUGUUAGAGGAGAUGGCAGUCCAAACUUUUCACUUGUCUGAUAUUUUUUCUUAAAUAAACAUGACUUCUGGUUGAACAGAAA